AUGGCACUCAUUUCACAGACAUCAUACUGCGUUGUUUUCUCUUCCUCUUAUACUGCCAGCAAGACACAUGCUAUGCAUGUAGACAAUGCUGAAGUAGGACAGAGGCAACGACGUAGUGCAAUAGUUGCUGCAAGCCCUCCCACAGAAGCUGCUGUUAUUGCUUCAGAGCCACUGACGAAAGAGGAUCUUAUUGGGUAUCUUGCCUCUGGAUGCAAGCCUAAAGAAAAUUGGAGAAUUGGCACUGAGCAGGAGAGAUUUGGCUUUGAUCUAAAGACUUUACGUCCUAUGAAAUAUGAACACAUUGCCGAGUUGCUUAAUGGGAUUGCUGAUAGAUUUCAUUGGGAUAAAAUCAUGGAAGGCAACAACAUUAUUGCACUCAAACAGGGUAAGCAGAGCAUAACAUUGGAGCCUGGAGGUCAAUUCGAGCAUAGCGGUGCACCUCUUGAAACUCUGCAUCAAGUUUGUGCUGAAGUCAAUUAUCAUCUUUAUCAGGUUAAAGCAGUUCUAAAGGAAAUGGGAAUCGGAUUGCUUGAUAUUGGUUGUCAGCCUAAAUGGGAAGUUAAAGAUAUACCUAUGAUGCCCAAGGAACGAUAUGAAAUUAUUAGAAAUUACAUGCCCAAAGUUGGCUCGCUCGGACUCGAUUUGAUGUUCAGGACUUGCACUGCACAGGUUAAUCUGGACUUCAGUUCCGAAGCAGACAUGAUAAAGAAACUUCGUGCUAGUCUUGCUUUGCAGCCUGUGAGGACAAUUGCAACAGCUCUAUUUGCAAAUUCACCUUUCACUGAAGGAAAGCCAAAUGGUUCUCUUAGCAUGAGAAGUCAAAUUUGGACUGAUACUGACAAGGAUCGCACUGGCAUGAUUCCUUUUGUUUUCGAUGACACCUUUGGGUUCGAGAAGUAUGUCGAAUAUGCUCUUGAUAUUCCCAUGUACUUUGUUUAUCGGAACAAGAGGCAUUUCGACUGUACCGGGAUGACCUUCCGGGAUUUCAUGGCAGGAAAGUUUCGUUGCAUUCCGGGUGAAUUGCCAACCAUGAACGAUUGGGAGAUGCAUUUGGGAACUAUAUAUCCUGAGGUCAGGCUGAAGAGAUACUUGGAGAUGAGGGGUGCUGAUGGAGGACCUUGGAGUAGAUUACGUGCCUUGCCUGCAUUUUGGGUUGGUUUGUUGUACGAUGAGGUUUCCCUACAAAAUGUGUUAGACAUGAUAGCUGACUGGACCGCUGAAGAAAGACAGAUGCUGAGAGAUCAGGUCCCCAAAACUGGUCUAAAGACACCGUUUCGUGGUAGAUUGCUAAAGCAUGUUGCUCAAGAUGUGGUCCAGUUCGCAAAGGCUGGCCUGGAAAGAAGAGGCUUUAAUGAAACAGGCUUCUUGAAUGAGUUGGAGGAGGUGGCUAGAACUGGUGUAACACCAGCUGAGAAGCUACUGGAGUUGUAUUACAGGAAAUGGGGACAAAAUAUAGACCCUGUUUUUGAGGAGCUACUAUACUGA